GUCGUCAGAGGGGCGUUCAGAGGAGCAGGAAACAGAAACAGUAGAAGCCGUGAAUCAGAAGGGCUCUAACUUUAGAAACGAACAGAGAUUCAAUCAAUUAAACAUUUCUACCUUCUUCAACAGAGAGAGAGAGAGAGAGAGAGAUGGGGGGUCAGGUGUCUUCGUUGGAUGAGGUCCAUGUGGUAAUAGUUGGGGGGGGAUUUGGGGGCAUCGCCGCCGCUCAGCAGCUGAAAUCUCGACGAAUCAGCUUCACUCUGAUCGACAUGAGAGACUCUUUCCAUCACAACGUGGCGGCGCUCCGAGCCGCCGUCAAGCCCGGCUUCGCCGUGAGGACGUUCAUCCCGUACGGCGAGACGUUCGGAGACAGCUUCGUUCAGGGGAGAGUUCAGAGGGUCGACACCGAGAGACAGACAGUCGUCCUGCAGGGAGGGAGGGUGGUUCUGGUCCACUCCAGAAUCGGGCUUUGUGACCCGGAGCUUCUGCCCAGCGUCAGACAGGAAGCCAAAGAAGUUCUACUGGGGAAAGGGGUGGAGCUACUGCUGGGUCAGAAGGUGUCCAACCUGUCCCAGCUGCAGCUCAACGUGACCCAGAAGAACACGGUGGUGACCACGGAGCGUGGAGACAAACUGACCACGGACCUGAUCGUCUGCUGCACCGGGGGCCGGGUCAACGCCGCGGCCUACGCCUCCAGCUUCUCCGGCUGUCUGGCGGCUGAUGGCGCUCUGAAGGUCAACGACCACAUGCAGGUCGAAGGUUUCUCCAAACGUUUUUUGCGAGGCUACUGUGCCGAACAAGAGCCGAAGUUGGCGUAUCACGACUGCACGCCGACACGUAAUAACAUCAUCAUCAGUAACAGUGUGAGAGGGAAGGAGCUGACUUUAUAUCACACAGGUAACGUCACCAUGUUGCUGGCGAUGGGCCAUGACGACGGCGUGGGUCAGUUCAACGGGCUGAAGCUGCCUCGCUGCGUGGUCGCUCUCGGGAAGAGUCGAGAUCUGCUGCUGUGGAAGAGCUGGAGGGAGAUGCAGCAGAAACAGCCGAUAUAAUAUAAUAAUAUAUAUAAUAUAUAAUAUAUAUAUAGCCUAUAUA